ACAGCCAUCGACCAUAACAAGUGACAUACCUUCAUAUAACUUAGUACGCCAUUAAAUCGAAUAUAUCUACAUUUGCCUGUAUAUUAGGUCGUUUGUUUAUCCAUAUUUUAAAUAAUGUAGAGAUGAUUUUAUCUCAGAGUCUGAAGAAACCCGUUUCCGGAUCAUGGGUGACACCGCUAAAAUGUCAAAAGGCUAUAGUAAACCGUGUAACGUAAAUAACUAAGUUAAAGUUUCGUAAAUAUUUCAAUUAACGGAAGUCGAUAUACGUCGUAACUUGUAACGUAAGACAUGAAGACAGUCAUUUCGGAGCUUCACGGGCCUGAAAAGUCAAAAUUGAACAUGCAAGAGGACAGUACACCGAGGGAUGAUGUGCCAACUUUACCGAUGCUGUGGGACUCGCUUGAAUCAGACACGGAGAGUUUAGUGCAAGAGAAAGCCUACCAACGAGAGCUACAGGUGCGUAUUGCCCACAACAGUGAUCUCCUUUCUGUAAACAACUCCAAACAAGAACAUCUUGAUGGACCACAGGAAAUCAAACCAAGAAUGGUGAAAGGACCGAAGACCACCGAAAGACAUGGGUCACUGAGGCAAACAUCCCCUGAGGAUGAAUAUGCCGAUCUGCGUUAUGAUCCAAACUGGAGACAGAAUCUGGAGGCCUCGCUUAAGACGAGGCUUUCUCUGGACUCGACUGAAGAUAGUCUUGAACAUUUGGAAGACGUGGCUGUAGGUCAAAGGCAAGAAUAUGUUGUUGUCAGUAAUCAACACGCAUCAGAGAUGGACACCGGCCCGGUCUCACAACCUUCAUCUCCUUUCCACCUGCACCCACGACAGGAAACAUCUGUGCAGGAUGAUGUUCUUGACCCUUCACAACCAAAACGUUCCUGCGUGUCCUCUGAGCACACACAACAUAGCAACAGGGAACACCUAAAUAUUAAACAAAAAUCUGUUGGAAAGAGAAGCUAUCAACAUCAUUCUGAUCUAAAGCAAGUCAAAGCAAGGGAAGAUAUCGUGGAGCGUAACAAGACUACUUUUGGUGUCAAUACCAAUAAACAGGGGUCUUACCUAAGGGCUCAUCAGCAAAAAGAUAAACUUGAUGAAACAAAGCAAGCCAGGCGAACCUCCUGUGAGACAAUCGGCACCUGUAGCCCGGAGAGUCAAGACAAUGUCCGGGAUCCUGAGCUGAUGUGGCUGCUCAAAACACAAAAACUGAAGCAAAGCCAAAAAGAGAGGAAAGAUCCAAAGAAGAGAGAGAGAACCAACUCAGAUCAGCUGAAACCCCAUGUUCCUGAAACCAAUCCCAGAUCUGGAUUUCACCUUAAACCACUUACUGAGACAUGCAACCUCAGUGCUGAUCAUCUAUCGCCGACAGACUCUGAUGCUUUUCCUGAUGCUCCAGAGGCUUACAGCUACUCCUAUAAUCCACUACCACAUCUUCCACCUCAUUCUAAUCCUGCCCCGACAGUUAACCUUAACAUAAACCUCCAUUCACCUGCCAAUCACGCACAACCACUGAAUCAUACCCAGCAAGAGACCAUCUAUGCCAUCGUUUCCCAGGCACUGCACUUGGAAAGGCCUGAUCUGUUCAUUCCAUCCCUUCUGCAACCAGGUUAUCCAUACCACCCGUCCGUGCCCUCAAAUUCAGUGGGGCAGGGGGGCUUGGCUCCACAAGCAGUUGUACCUUCCCCAACCUCCUACUCUGGUGUGGUACACAGAAAAUACACUGUAGACAGAAAUGCUACUCAGGGCUUAGCACAGAGGCAUGAUGGGAAACCUCAACUCAAUGCAUCUGAGAAUGCAUCAUUCAAGAAUCACAACAGAAUCAGGAUACCGGUACUAAAAUUACCCACAUCUCCUCAAGCAGAAUCCAGCCACUAUCCACCCAGGUUAAUGCCCACUGAUGAGACGCCCUGUGCGGCCCAAGCACAGACUUCUGGUCCUUACUCAGUGCUGCCCCCUAUAGGUAGAUCUGACGUCAGUGACACUGAGCUCUGGUCUGAUAGAUCUGAGCAGCAGGUGAAUCCGAUCCACAGAAGCAGCUCAGAAGGUUACCUUUCACAGAUGGAAAGACACAUACAGGCUAAAACAACUUAUAAGCCUUACACAUUAAAAGACUACAAAAACAUGAGACAGGAGGUGAAGCUUGGAGGCCUUGGACCGACAAACACAAUACCAGAAGCCAUGGCGGAGAAAAUUAGACGACAGAAGCUGUAUUCAAAUGUGAUCCGCGAACAGAACAAGAAGAUAAGUCGGAUUCCCUCUCUGCCGGCCAAGGACCCAGUGGGCACUGACAACAAGGACACAGUUCCCAGGAGAAAGGCUUUAGAAUAUGCCAAAACUAUUGCAAAGCCCAAGGCACCUCCAAAGACAAUUGACAGACCCAAAGAGAAGAACCAUAGCAUGCAUGGUCCAUAUCUCCAAGAGAUGGACCCGGUCCAACUGGCCACUCUGGAGAUGUUGAGACGACACGAGGAAGAGAGACAGGCUGUGGCUCGCUUUAAAUCUGUUCCCGCCAUCUAGAUUAACUUCAGAUUAGAACUAUAUUCAACAUUGGAGGUAUGGCCAGCCUUCUAGUGAGGAUUUGGACUUCUGGGGCAUUCAUGCAUCCGGUAUGCACAUAUGUAGAACAUUCCUAAAUAAACACAGGAAAAUAACCUCAUUAAUUUAACUCGAAAACAUAUAGUGCACUUUAUUAGUAAUUUGCUUCACUUAGAGAUGGUUUUGUUGCGGCAUGGACAAUAAUUUGUAGGUGAAAUGUAAAAAUUUUAAUAUUUAAGAUUAUAAAUGUAACCACUAUUUAAUUGUAUUACAACUUGACCUUCACAUAAUAAAUGUGUAUAU